AUGGCUCCAGGUGGGCGCGAUUUCAACUGCUCAUGGGAGCAUUGUGGCAAGUCUUUUAAUCGCAAGUCCGAUCUUUGUCGCCAUUAUCGCAUACACACCAAUGAACGGCCAUAUCAUUGCACAGUGAAGGAUUGCAAUAAAAGCUUCAUCCAGCGCAGUGCUUUAACUGUGCAUUCCCGGACCCAUACAGGCGAAAAGCCUCAUGUCUGUGAUCAUGACGGAUGCCAGAAGGCCUUCUCAGACUCUUCGAGUCUAGCUCGGCACCGAAGAAUUCAUACAGGCAAGCGACCUUACAUCUGCCAGGAACCGACUUGCGAACGGAGUUUCUGUCGCAAAACCACACUCACAAAACACCAACACCGCUCUCACCCCCCAGGCUCCAUGACUCGGCCAUCCUCGGAGGAUGCGACCUCGGAGCAUUCAUAUCAUCAACACCAGCCGCCCGUAUCGGUUUCCAUCCCAAAUCCUAACGACCAGUACAUGCUCGCCCAGCAGCCGUAUUAUUCGAAUUCGGCGACGCCAAAUCAUGAGUUCUACUCGCCACCUCAUGUCCAGAUGGGCGCGGUACCAGUAAACGAGGGUGCGCAUCCGAUCGUCACGCAGAACGUCCCCGUCACAUCCCCAAUAAACAUGCCGCAUGCUCCACCAGCGCCACCACAACACCCACAUCCGCAUCCGCAUCCACAGCACCCGCAACAUCCCCAACACCAGCAAUAUCUUCAAAUGAUGCCGCAACGCUAUGACCACACCCCGCGAACGAACUAUCUUCCACCCGAAUACCACCAGCCGCCAUUCCAGGGGCAUCAGCUACCAGAAGGACAGCCAAUGAUGGUGGGAUACCAUCCAAAUUUCCCGUACAAAACCCCUACCCGGAUUCUGAAUCAACCGGAGGGGACUGACUGGGCUUUUCUGGGAGUAGGCUAA